CGCAUGUGCAGUUUACUGUCUCGUUCUCUAUCAGUAUGUGAAUCAUGGCGGACUAUACAAGAUGUGUUGGGAAUUUAUUUGUGUUUUUAAUUGGAAUUUUAUAUUUUACAGCCUUUGGAAUUGCAACAGAAGAAGUGGUAUUACUUGACACAACAAAAAUUACUGGAACUUUAAACUGGACUACAAAAGUUGUGCCAAAAGAUCCUAAUAAACCAGACCAGUCCAAUUCAGGGUGGAAUGAAGUUUCAUCAUACAUUUUUGAGAUCUCGCAGUCGCCUUUAAAAAUAUAUACUUCGUGUUAUGUGCAAAGCAAAGACGUAAAUAACUGGUUACGGACACCGUUUAUAGAGGUGAGAAAUGCAAAAAGCCUUAAUAUAGAAAUGAAAUUUACUAUGAGAAAAUGUGUGAAACAUUCAGAUCCCGUUUUAAUACAACAGUGCAAAGAAACGUUUAAUUUGUACUCGUACCAAGCCGACAGAGACAUCGCUAAUAAAGAGAUGCCGUCGUGGGAUGACACGUCAUAUCAGUUAGUCAAUAAAAUACCUGCUCAGUACUUAGGCGAAAGUGCGUCAGAUGUACUUCUAAAUACGGCAACAAGUUUUAUAAGUCUGACGCCAGGAUUACGAGGAAUUUAUUUUUCAUUCCAAGAUGAAGGAGCCUGUGUGUCGCUAGUGUCAAUAAAAGUGUACUUUAAGCAGUGUCCUCAAACAAUACAAAACUAUGCAGAGUUCCCUGCCACUCCGACAGGGAAAGAUCAUACAUCUAGUGUAGAAAGGGAAGGGAAAUGCGUUGAGAAUGCGUCACCGCUUCAGAGACCAACGUACAGGUGUAUGAGUGAUGGUACCUGGGAUAUUCCGAUCGGAGGAUGCCAGUGUGGCCCAGGGUUUGAAGGAAGGGACAACGAAAGAUGUGUUGCUUGUCCGAAGAAUUAUUUCAAGUGGCAUGCGAGUGAUCUGACUUGUCAUAGAUGCCCAAACAACAGUUUCACAGAUUCCGAGAAGUCAGUUGUCUGUACAUGCUACAACAGUUACUACAGGGCAGACACAGACAACAAAACGAUGCCAUGUACUCGACCCCCUUCAGCACCUCGAGAUAUUAUGGUUGUUGUUGUCAAGGAUACAAUGGUACAGUUGUCAUGGAAACCACCAGAACAUGAUGGUGGAAGGACAGACGUUCGGUACAAAAUUGAGUGUCCAAAUUGUGAGGACAAUGUUAUGUACAGUCCCCGACCUUCAGGCUUCAAUGGUACUAGUAUUGAGCUGACCAGUCUACGUCCUAGCACAAGAUAUACGGUGAAGAUUUAUGCAGAAAAUGGCGUCAGCUCAAUGACAAACACUAAGAGUUUUGCUUCAUUUGAAUUUGUCACCAAGAGGUCUAUAGCUGAAAUACGAAACGUCCGAUUGGUUGAAUUUGGUGAAACUUACAUCACCUUGACUUGGCAGGUUAUUGUUGACCCACAAAGGACAGUGUUGGGCUACUUAGUCCAACACAGAAUCAAGAACGGAGUUUCAGGGUUCAAGGAAAAUAAAACAACUACUGACAGUAUCACAUUGAAGCACCUCAUCAAAAAUACAGAAUAUGAAAUAAGGAUUAAAGGGGAGACAGAGGAAGGUUGGGGCGAGUUCAGUGAUAUGUUUGCCGCUACAACAAGGACACAAUAUGAAAAUGUAACACAAACUAAUGACAAAGGAAAGGCCGAGCUUGAGCCAGGACCAUCCAUUGGUAUCAUUGUGGGUGCCAUUGUUGCAGUUAUACUGUGUAUGGCCAUAGCUGCAAUCAUGAUCUUUAUACUGCUGAAAAGAAACAGAAGAAGUGAUGGCAAAAGUUCUGAUAUUGAUGGACCUUAUCACCAUGUUCUGCACUGCCCCCCACUUGAGCCUCAUAUAAACGGAUCCAUGACAGUUCCGCUGUUUCAGCCUUCAGGCACAAUAAAGUCGUAUGUUGACCCACAUACUUAUGAGGACCCUAAUCAAGCUGUGAGGGAGUUUACAAGGGAAAUUGAUGCCUCACAUAUAAUAAUAGAAUCUGUGAUUGGUGGAGGUGAAUUUGGAGAUGUGUGUAAAGGAAAGCUACGAGUACCAAACCGACCAGAAAUGUCUGUUGCCAUUAAAACACUGAAAGCUGGAGCCACAGAUAAAAACCGUCUGGACUUUUUAACAGAAGCAAGCAUCAUGGGACAAUUUGAUGAUCCAAAUGUGAUUUUCUUGGAAGGUGUUGUUACAAAAACAAGUCCUAUAAUGAUUGUCACAGAGUAUAUGGCCAAUGGUUCUUUAGACAGUUUUCUACGGAAAAAUGAUGGUCAGUUGACAGUGAUACAGUUAGUUGGUAUGAUGCGGGGUAUAGCAUCUGGUAUGAGAUACCUGUCUGAAAUGGGAUAUGUACAUAGGGAUUUGGCUGCUCGAAAUAUAUUGUGCAACGAGAGUUUAGUAUGUAAAGUAGCAGACUUCGGCCUGUCGAGAGAAGUUGAUAUAGACACAACUGAUGGUGCUUAUACAACAAAGGGAGGAAAAAUUCCAGUCCGAUGGACUGCCCCAGAAGCAAUAACAUUCCGAAAGUUCACUUCUGCAUCUGAUGUCUGGUCAUUUGGUGUUGUUAUGUGGGAGGUGAUAUCAUAUGGUGAGCGGCCAUAUUGGAACUGGUCCAAUCAAGAUGUGAUCAAAGCUGUCGAAAAGGGUUACAGACUACCUCCACCAAUGGAAUGUCCAGAAGCAAUACAUCAGCUCAUGUUAGAUUCCUGGCAGAAAGAACGAAAUAACCGCCCAAAGUUUACGCAGAUAGUUAAGAAUCUAGACAAACUAAUCCGGGCUCCAGAACUACUUCGAAAAAUGGCCAAACCAAGGCCUCAUGUAUUUAUAGACAACACACCACCAGAUAUCACUAACUAUGCUUCCGUUGAAGAAUGGUUAAAUGCGAUCAAAAUGGAACGAUAUAGAGACAACUUUUUAUCUGCGGGUGUUACAAACAUGGACCAGGUGAUGCGUCUUACAGUGAAAGACUUGGACACGUUAGGUGUCACUUUACUUGGACAUCAGAAGAAAAUGAUGAAUAGUGUUCAAACUCUUAGAGCUCAACUUCUCGGACCUCAGGUUCAUUUACCGCAUAUGCAAAUGUCCGAGGGUUUCCUUGUAUAGCAAAGAAGGGUCUGUUAGGAAAUAGUUCAAGAGACGUGUUCAUUACAGCGACGCAAAACUAAAACAAUAACAACACAAGAACCCACCGUGAUUCAGUUGUUGAUUACGUAUACUUGAACUUUGAAAUACUUAUUGUGAUAUAUCUACAGCAAAAACUGACAGUGUCGUACAUUUCCAGUGAUUCGAUGUACAUUUUAUCCAUACACAAAGUCAUUCAUCCAGUCAUAUAUUCAGAAGUCAUUGUGAACAGUUUUAUAUGUGCAGGCAUAAAUCAAAUCCUAACUUGAUCAUUUUAUGAAAUAUUUUGAAUGUCAAUAUAGGGUUUUAUAUGUUCAUUUUAUUAGUGCUUUUCUGAUAAUCCCAGUGCUUUUACUCAUACAUUGAUUCAUUCCUGCUGAUUGGAUAAUGUCAUCCCAAUAUUUACCUGUAAAGAAAUUUGAUUGAACAGUUUUACCCAAGAAAUUAUGGGUGAACAACUGGACAACUGUACUGAAGGAAUUGUGUGUUAACAAGUUUGAUUGGAUAGUUUUAUCCCAAAUGUUAUGGGUAGUUUGGAAAGUUUUGGAAAAUGACAGUGAAAAAUUUAGUUGUGGUAGAUUUUGCCAUUGAGGAUAGGUAAAGCAGCCUGUUUGUAGAUUGGCAUUACAUGAUACAUUUGGGAGCAGGUUGGCUCAGUUCAUUGAGCUUAUUGACUCUAUGUAAAGUUUGCAUAAUCAUUAUGAUCAUAGAAAUCUCAUUAAUAUUCAUGACAUCCAGAUUACAUGACCUUGACAUGCGAUGUGUGCGGAACAAGUGACCAUGACAGUUACAUAGUUGUGUGACUAUGUCCUAUAAAUAAACUUUGUUGCAGAUGCAACUUUAAAAUUGUGAUGCAGAAGUGGAAAAACAUUCAUUUAUUGUGUAUAGCUGUAAAAUAAACCAGUGAAACUGGUUAAGAUUGCGUAUUUUUGUGGGAGUUGUGAUUGUAGACAGUUUAGUCAUUUUAUCUAAAAAAAUCCAUGUAACUUUAAAAUUUUCAAUUUCAGUGAUGUAUUUCUUAGUGGCAGUAUAUGUAUCAUUUUACAAUUGUGUUUUAAAAGCAUGUAUGGAAAAGCAGGAUUUAUGUUAUAGAAUUGUUUAUUUUUCAGAUUUAACAGUAAGAACAUUUUCUUAUAUUAUGUUUUUGUAUCUUAUUAUUGGCAAUACAUUUUGAUAUUUACCUUUUACAGUUGUUAAUUAAACUUUUAUAGCACAGGUAGGUUUUAGCAUAAAAGGCAAGUUUUAGACAUGUGGAAACUUAGUUCUUCAUAUAAGAAUUAACCUUCAAGUGUAGUACGAUUUUCAUGAAAAUGUUAAUACUAAAAUGUGAAGGUUGUUUGACAUACUGUUUAUUUUCCAUUCUAGAGACACACUGCUGUUUGUUGUAUUAUAUAUGUUCAGAUAGGGAAGUUGGCUUUUGUUUGCAGAGAGCAGUAAAAUGUCGAAAAUCAGUGGGGCAUAAAAUUAAACGCCAUCACUGUAAGGUUUUUUUUUUCAAGUUUGAAUUCCUCUCCUUCUUUUGUAUUUAAAACCCCGCUUAGCUCAGUAGGUAAGAGCGUUGGUCUACGAAUCUCGGGGUCGCAAGUUCGAUCCUCGGGCGGGGCGUAUGUUCUCCGGGACUAUUUGAUAAACGACAUUGUGUCUGAAAUCAUUAGUCCUCCACCUCUGAUUAAUCAUGUGGGGAAGUUGGCAGUUACUUGCGGAGAACAGGUUUGUACUGGUUCAGAACCCAGGAACAUUGGUUAGGUUAACUGCCCGCCGUUACAUGACUGGAAAUACUGUUGAAAAACGGCGUUAAACCCAAAACAAACAAAGUGAAGUAACUAUAGUAUUUUUGUAUUUUAGUGCUUAUAUCUGCAAAGAACAUUCAUUUUAUCCUUAAUGCUCCUUGGUUGUUUAAUUAGAAUAAUUUAAUAUUGUCAGUGUGCUAAUUGAAGAGCAGAUAAAGCACUUUGAGUAUAAUAAGAUUCAGAGAUUUAAUACCAAAUGUUAUACUUCGAUUUGUUAUUAAAUAUUUAAUAGAAGAAAUGUAUUUUAUUAGUAAUAAGUUUGUUGUUAACAUGUUUUGUUUGAUAGAAGAUUUUUAGCAAAUACAUUCAUAGUUUCUUUAACAGUGAAUUAGACAAGAUUUCUUAUAUGUAAAGAAAAGGACUAACACACACUACAGAAGCAAUUUAUUGAUUCAUUAAUAUCCUACAUGUUAGUUACUUAAGUAGGAAGAAAAUGUAAAUGUUUCGGUACUAUUUCAGCAUAACAAACCUAUGUGAACUAGGUUGCAGGUAUUUGAGGAAACAAUUAAACUUGUUGAACAUUUUUGCAUAUAUCACAUUUAAAUAUUAGUUAAUUCAAACAAUAGAUUAAUACAAUGUCGCAAAAUACAAAUGCAGACAAAAAAAGAAAAUGAAAAAAAGUUUAAUUAUAAUGUUCGACCACUACAUAAUAGAACAUUUUACCCGUUGCCUGUUCUUUCGGGUUGUGAAUUCACAGACUGAUAAAAAUGCAUUAGCCUUGAGUUUACACCACCUUUUAUGCGGAAUCCUGACUGCAGAGUUUGUAAUUUAUGCUUCCUGGCAUGAAUAAAACUGCUGAUUAUGAUAGCGAAUUCUUCCAACAUGAUUUGCAUGUGUAUGCUAGUCUACUGUGUUCAGUAAAAAAGUAAAAUGUCUUGAAAAAUCUUAAUCAGUGAAACCCAAGCAAAAGUUCAAGCAAGAUUUUGUUAAAAUGAUUUAAAAAAUAUAAAAGACUUUUGAAACCAGCUUUAAAAUGUUUUAGAAUUUACAGGCUUGUAAAUAAGUAUACUGCCUUUUAGUCAAUCCAAAACUUAAAUUUUAUUACAGAUAUGUUUUGAGAAACCAAUUUUAUUAUGUUUCAUCUGUCAUAAACAUAUUUUCAACAAUGGAAAGACAUUAUAAGAACCGAGUAUCUGGAAAAUCUUAAGAUCAAAUGUUGGGUCUUUUAAACAACUAAAAUAUUGUAUUAAAGGAUAAACAGGGUUUUAACACAACAUUUAAAUAUUAGUUUUGAGUACCAGUUUAAUUCUGUUUUCAUAUUUUGGCAAAAAGACAUACAAUAUUGUUUCGAGAUAAUCUCAUGUUUUUAUAAGACACGUUUUUCAGUUAGUCUUCAAGUUUUAUACACCAAAACAAGCCAUAGAAUGAGAACGCUAUGCAUUUUAUGCUUUUGUUUUAUAUACUUUUCUUUUGAAAAAUUUUGAGAUUUACUUGAUUGUUUCAUACAGUGGAAUCUCCUUCCUUGCAAUAUGACUGAAAAAUUGUUGAAAAAGACGUUAAACCCGAACACACGCACGCACGCACGCUAACACUAAAGUAUCUUUCAUUUUUAUUUACCUGCAGUAGAGAAAGUGACAAAAAACACCAAGUUAAACGAAAACUUAGCAAAGUAGUAGAGAUUCUAUUCUGUAUGAAACAAUUAGCAUAUUUUGUUUCCAUCCCUCCAAAUCUUUUAUUGUGAUUGUUCUUCCCUUUAUUAUAUUUUCUUAUGUUCAUAGUUUGAAAUUUAUAUGUUAAUAUCUUUAUUUGUGCAACAAAUAUAUGUAAAUACGUAAAUGUAUAUAUUUUGUAAAUAGAUGUUUUGAGUAUUAUUGAUGGUAAAUUGUAUGAGAAGGAAAACGUGUUUCGCAUAAAGAAGUGUAUUGUGUUUAUUGUUUAUUACAUCUGAUUGUCACACAAACUGAAUGUUACAUAAGCACUACCAAUAUGUGCAUAUUUAUCUCCCACCUUAUAUCAGUCAAUGGAUCAAUUGUUACAGUAAAGAACAUAUAUUUGACAAUGCAAGUAAGGUCACAUAAAUAUAAAAUAAUAUGGACUGUACCAGUGUUCGUUUACAUAUCCGCAUACAUCAGACUUAUUCAGCAUUUCGUUUUAGAAAUAGAUCCCUUGUUAAAACAUGCUUACGUAAGUAUGAAAAAUUCUUUGCAUUCCAGUUAGUAUCAAACAGUCUGUAUUUCCUGAUUUUCUUCUCUCAAUAUGAAGAGUUAUGAAAAUUGAGUUCUAUUUGUUUGACAGUUGAUUUCGGAAAGUUUACAUUACUAACUUAAAGGAAAAAAAUAACCAUUGUAUUAUUCAUACAACCUGCCACGGUCAUAGGUAAUGUUGUCCGCCUCCAUUUAUUUGACAUAUACUUGUUGAAAUUCGUUUUUAGAAACAUCUUAAAAUUUUUCUUCGGGUAUUUUAUUUUUGAUUUAUUUUCAUUUGCAAUAAUAUAACAUUUUAUGUAGUAUUCACUGCAUUGUAAUGUUUUCAUUUUAUAAUACCGCAAUUGAACACUCCAUGUAAAAUUUGCAUAGACCCGCAUAGAUUUAUUUUAAACACUACAUUAAGAUCACAUUAAGGUAUAGUAAUUGCUUAGAAUAUUACCUUACCGAGUGUAAUGUGCUUCCGAAACCUCGUACAGAACUGAGAUGAAGCUGUCUUGAAUAACGCCAUGUUUGUCACUCGUUUCCCAAACCUCUACCGACAGGCCUUCUAAUGAGUUUCACCUUAAACUAACAAGUUGUUCCUCUUGAAGUAUUAUGGUACCGUGUUUCGAACAAAGCAAACAGAAUGCUUUUUAAGACUGUUUCGUUUGGUAAAUAGCUUUUAGGAUGUGAUUUUCGGUUAAAUAAAUACCACAGGCCUGCUUGGGUGAUGUGGAUUAUUGUCAACCUUGGAAAAACCCUCGGCGUGCUAUUGCAGUUCUCAGACAGUAUCGCGUAUCACCUUCGCUUGCCUGUCUUUAUUAUAUAUCGAAACUUUCAGGUUCUUUCCUGGAGAUAGAGACUUAAGAAUAUUGUUUUACUAUUGAUUGUUUCGAUUGUGUUUUCCAUUUCAUAUUCUCGCACAGAGAACUGGAGUAAACGAAGUUUAAACAUGGCAUAUUAGUAAUUUUCUGGAUUUACUUCAUAUUCAUUUUUGUAAUGCCCUGAUAUUUGGUUAAGUAAAUAAUUGCAUAAUUGUUGAAUGGUGACUAUCUAUGAGAAUGACAGAUAAUAUAUUGAUGGUUUUGUAGGGAUUUUGUUGAAAAAUUUCUUAAGAUGAAUAAAAAUAUUGAAAUA